AUGGAGUUUGCCCGGAAGACGGGCGCCGCGCUGGCGCUGGAGGUUACGGGCUGCACCAGUAACACGGUCGCCAGCAUCAUCCGCGGGCACUUCGUUCCCUACAGCGAGAACCACGGGCGCGUCGUGUACCGGAAGCAGGAGCAGGCUGCGAACGGCGUCGACGUGCAGAUCUACUUCUGGGACGAGCGGGACGGGGCCGACUUCUCGGGCUGGUGGUUCGGGCCGAAGGUCGGUGGCGACCAGGUGUGGGCCUACAACCCCGAGAAGGCCGCCGUGCCCCCGUCGGGCGGGUGGAGGGUGCCCUUCGGCGGCCCCGUGGACGCGCAGUUCGUGGUCUCGCCCGCGGCGCAGCAGCCGCUGGGGCAGCAGGCGCCGAACAUGCAGCCGCCGAACAUGCAGCCGCCGAGCAUGCAGCCGCCGAGCAUGCAGCCGCCGAGCAUGCCGCGGCAGCCGGGGCCUUCAGGGGCACAGGGGCAGCAGGCGCAGGGGGGCGUCGUGCAAGCGGCGCAGGGGCAGCUGCAGCAGCUGCUCUCGUUCCUGCCGCAGCACCAGCAGGUGCUGAGCCAGCAGCAGAUGCAGCUGGUCCGAGAGGCGUGCCAGACGCAGCCGCAGCAGGUGCAGCAGCUGCUCGGCAGCCUCCUGCAGGAGCAGCGGCACGCGCAGGCGCAGAUGCAGCAGGCGCAGAUGGGCGUUCAGGCGCAGAUGCAGCAGAUGCAGGCCAUGGGGAACGUGGCUGGCGUGCAUCAUCUGCAGCAGACGUUCGCCAUGCAGACGGCGCAGCUCCAGCAGCAGCACAUGGCGCUGCAGCAGCGCCACAUGCAGCAGCUUGGCCAGCUGGCCAGCAACCAGCAGGCGAGCGUGGCGGCGAAAAAGCAGAAGAUGGAGGAGACGAGGCAGAAGCUGGAAGAGCAGCGUCGGCAGAUGCAAGAGCAGGCGAAGAAGCGCCAGGAGGAGCUGGCGGCGAAGCUCGCGGAGGAGAAGCUCAGGCGGGAGACUGAGAUGAAGAGGCGCAUCGUGGAGCAGAGGGUGCAACUGAGCAUCCGGAGAAUUCUCGUGAAACUGAGGGCGGCGACGCCAGACACCUACGAUGCCGCUGAGAAGGAGCUGGAGGACCUCCUGCAGCAGGAGUUGGAACAGAAUUGCUAUGUGCCGUCAGACCAGGUCAAGCAGGAGAUUGAGGUCGUCAGAGAGAAGCAGAGACAGCGAAUCGAGCAACUCCGGGUGCAGCAGGAGGCAGCGAGGAAGAGGAGGGAGGAGCAGCAGAAAAAGCACGACGACCUGAAGUUGCGCGCAGAAGAGCUCGUGAAGGAGCUCGACGGCUACGUAGCCCAGGCCGAAUCCGCCAGCAAGCAUCUCGAUGAUGUCUUGGCUCCCUUGGAAGGCAACGGCGAGAUGAACUGUGACGAGAUCGAGGAGAUGGGUAAGGGUGUCGCUGCGGCCGAGGUGCAGGCCAGGACUGCAUUCAACGUGUGUAAUGACUUCAUGGUAAAGCACAAUGCGGAGAUGAGGGUUCCUCCAGCUCAGGCUGCUUCUCCGGGUCCGAUGAGGCCCCCGGGCGAGGCUGCUCCUCCUGACACGGGGCCCGCAACGCAACAACUGCUCGCGGACCUGGUCGGCCGCAUCAACGCGUGCAGGGAGAAGCAGCUGGCCGCCGCCUCCUCCGUGCCCCAGGCGCGCGAGAGGGCGAAGCGGAAGGCAGCUGCGCUCCAGCUGAACACCGAGCUCCAGGCGGUGUUGUCGCGGUACGACUCCGACGGAGACGGUGCACUCUCGCGGAAGGACGUCCAGAAGCUCGCCAAGCAGGAGUUUGGCUUCGACUUGCCCGACGCCGUGCUGAGCAAAAUAUCCGGACCGACGUGGAAUCGCCGAUCGUGA